AUGACUUCCAGGCGCGCAGUACUCCUUUGCGUUAAAGAUGCUAGGGCUGGAGCUCUGACCAACGUUAGCAAUUUUGUGGCUUUGAAAAGACGUCCCAUUCAAUCAAUAUCAAAGACCAAUUCUUUAAAACGACAGGAAACACGAUGGUUUUCUUCCUCUCGGUGUCGGUGGGGAGAGGCUGUUGAGCAUGAAAGCAAGAGAAGCCAACCAGUCAUUGAUCGGCAACGGUCAAAGGUGUUCCACGAUGCAGAUGAAGCUGUGGCAGAUUUGAAGUCAGGCUCUACAAUUUUUAGUGCCGGUUUUGGUCUCUGCGGUACAGCUGAGACUAUCAUCACGGCUCUCCACAACCGAGGAGAUUCCCUCACCAAUCUGACAGCGGUGUCGAACAAUGCUGGCGCGUCAGGCGCUGGCGGUCUUUCCCCGCUGACACGAUCAGGGCAAGUAGAUCGAUGCAUCUUAUCGUAUCUGGGCAACAAUAAAACUCUGGAACAGAAAUAUCUGUCUGGAAAUAUUGCUAUCGAGUUAUGCCCCCAAGGCUCUCUGGCGGAGCGCAUUCGUGCAGGAGGUGCAGGCAUUCCUGCAUUCUACACUCCGACAGGAGUCUCUACUUUUAUCCAGACGGGAGGCAUUCCCACGAGAUUGGGUCCAGUUGAUCCCAAGACCAAGAAAUCCGUGGUUCUGGAAUCCGGAACGCCCCGCGAAACGAGGAUCUUCAACGGCAAGACAUAUGUAAUGGAAACAGCUCUCACCGGCGACGUGGCCAUCCUCCGAGCAUGGAAAGUCGACGAGGCAGGUAAUUGCCAAUUCCGGUAUACCACAAAGGCUUUUGGAACUAUCAUGGCCAAGGCCGCACGCUUGACAAUCGUGGAGGCUGAGAACAUAGUCCCUGUGGGCUCCAUUGACGCCAACGAUGUUCACCUGCCAGGAAUUUACGUUGAUCGCAUUGUUCCAGCUACCGUGGAGAAGAAGCUUGAACUCAAGAAAACUCGGUCAGUAGAUAGCGGGUUCGAGUCUGACUCAUCAGCCGCGUCUAGCUCCACCACAUCGUCCACCAAGUCUGAGGCGCUCAUUCGAAGGGACCGAAUUGCCCGCCGUGCUGCUAAGGAGCUCAAGCACGGCAUGUACGUCAACUUGGGAGUUGGCAUGCCCACUCUAGCGCCUUCCUUCCUCCCGGAUGAUGUUAAGGUCUGGAUCCAAUCUGAAAACGGCAUUCUCGGCAUGGGUCCCUAUCCUACAGAAGAAGAAGUCGACCCCGACAUCGUCAAUGCCGGUAAAGAGACCGUCACCCUCCUCCCUGGCGCCUCCACAUUUGAUUCAGCGGAAUCCUUCGGCAUGAUUCGUGGUGGGCACGUCGAUGUGUCCAUUCUAGGUGCUCUACAAGUCUCCGCCACCGGUGACUUGGCAAACUACAUGAUCCCCGGAAAAGUGUUCAAGGGUAUGGGCGGCGCGAUGGACUUGGUCUCGAAUCCCAACCAGACCAAGAUCGUGGUUACAACAGACCAUGUGGAUAAAUACGGCAAGAGUAAGAUCGUCGAGAAGUGUAGCCUGCCCUUGACAGGCGCAAACGUUGUCAGCACGAUCAUUACUGAUCUUUGUGUCUUCGAGGUCGACCGUGUCGGAGGCGGGUUGACAUUGACGGAACUUGCGCCUGGUGUCACUGUUGAGGACAUCAAAGCGGCUACAGACGCGGGCUUCGCUGUGGCGGAGAAAAUUGGCCAGAUGGAGGAAUAG